AUGCCGUCACAAUGCCAUCCGGCCGCUGCGUCCAAUGAUACUGCUUCCAGUUCGCUCCCUAACCUCAUAAGCGUCCUUCAAUCUUCUCGUGAGGAUAAAGAGCUUCACUGGCUCGUUUCUUCUAUGAUCAUGCCAGAAUUCGAAAGAAUUCUAGAAACUCUUCAAAUCUGUGGAAACAUGCUACUAUACAAUUCUCCACAGCACCCGGAUCCCGAGAAGCGUAUCGAAAGAGGACCAUCUAUAAAAUUACCGGUAUCAUCGAACAAGCUGGAAGCAUUAAAAGGGAUCAUUGUAAGGAACGGAAUAUAUAUUACACAAUUGACAUUAAACUUGAAAGACUCAUAUUUUAAUAAGCAUAUACAUAGAAUUAACUUAAAUCAACCAGUGUUACUACCACAAUUGAUUACGGCAAAAGAGUCUAUAGAUUCUGCUAUGUUGCUUAUACAGAAUUUCAAUGAAGAUCAGAAUCAUUCGGAUUUGAAAAGAUCGUUUGAGAACAUACUACAUGAAUUAUCUAUAGCCAAGCAAUGCUUACAAUUCCCCAUAGAUCCAACGUUGGUUUUCCCGCUUCAUAUCGUAGAAUCUGAAUUGUUUACACCUCCCUUACCGCUGAAUCUCAGCUUAGAUAUCUACAUAAAUCAAGCAGAACUUUGCAUAGAUAUGAAGAACUUGCAUAAGAUUACGGAGGAGCCUUGGAGCCACAUAGACCCUGAGCUGGGUAAGUCAUACGUCGACAAAGUGAGAGACGAGAUGAGAAACCCUACCAAUGGAACGACGACUCCGUUAAAUCUCUCUGACGUGCAUUUGAAAGACGAGGAUCCUGCGCCUCACCACCUGGCAUUGAAAGCAUUAGGUCAACUUUUGAAACCUAAGAUGAGCCCACAGGAGUAUAUCACCAAAUGUGUCACCUAUAACAACUCUGUGGUGAUGGUUAACCGUAAGAUUGAUGUUUCAUGUCCAGAUCCGUUGUUGGUCAGCACAUACACGAAGUUGGAUAGCUUAGAGAAUAUUGUUGAAAGCUUCUUACACAAUUUGAAAGUUGCGUGUGCUCAUGACUUGCCUGCUUGA